GUCGCUGUGUGCACUGAAGACUCUACACACUGUAAACUGUAUUUCUAAGUGGAAGUUAGUUGCUCGGCUCUACUGUCCAGUCUUCUUCCUUAGAAAAUCAAACCGACAUCGAUUGAUCUGCCAAAAAUGGGAAUAUUUUACCCUGUUUUAUUGGGAGCAGGUUUGACUGCAGUUUUUUUCUUCUUUAAAUUUCCUUAUUUCCUGCAGGACUGCAGGUACAUGGUGAAUAUGUUGAGGGUUGGGUCUAAAAGGGAGAAGUUUCGGGAGAGAAACUACACACUUCUGGACUGUUUUUUGGACCUGGUGCAGAAACAGCCGCACAAGCCAUUCAUCGUGUUUGAGGAUAAGGUGCACUCCUACCUGCAGGUGGACCAGGAGAGCAAUAAGGUGGCCAGGGCACUGCAGGUGCACAGCGGGUCCACGAUGGCGUUGAUGCUGGGAAAUGAGCCGGCGAUGGUGUGGAUCCUGAUGGGUUUGUUUAAGAUCAACUGCGCUGUGUCUCUGCUCAACACCAACAUCAGAGCCAAAUCCCUCCUACACUGCUUCAACUGCUGCACAUCUUCAGUCUUCAUUGCUGGAGCAGAGCAUCGGGAGGUGGUGUGCGAGGUGCUGCCGGAGCUGAAGGCGCAGGGUGUGUAUGUGUAUGUGCUGGGUGAUGAUGGCGGGGUCGAGGGUCUGCACAACCUCGCCGAAAAAAUACAGCAACAACCAAACACACCUGUACCCCCCUCACCCAGAGGGAACAUCAGCAUGAACAGCCCCGCACUGUACAUCUACACUUCAGGAACCACAGGUCUUCCUAAAGCUGGCCUGGUUCUACACAGCAGACUCGCCACCUCAUCUCUGUUCCUGUCUAUGGUGGGUGUGAAGUCGGAUGAUGUGCUUUAUAUCCCGCUGCCUCUUUAUCACGCUGCAGGGCUGCUGAUUGGUCUGGCUGGAGCGAUAGAACGAGGUAUCACAGUGGUGCUGAGGAGGAAGUUCUCAACAUCUCAGUUCUGGAAGGACUGCAGGAAGCACAACGUGACAGUGAUCCAGUAUAUUGGAGAGACCAUGCGCUACCUCUGUAACACACCCAAGACAGAUAAUGAUCGUCAGCAUAAAGUCAGACUGGCCAUUGGGAACGGGCUGCGUGCCGACGUGUGGCAUGAUUUCCAGCGCAGGUUUGGGCCUUUGGACAUUAAAGAGUUCUACGCUGCCUCUGACGGAAACAUGAGCUUUGUAAACUACACUGGGAAAGUGGGCGCUGUGGGCAGGGUCAACUUCUUCCACAGCAAAGUGUUUCCAUAUGCACUGAUUCAGUUUGAUGCUGUGCGAGAGGAGCCAGUCAGAAACAACAAGGGGCGCUGUGUGCCUGUUCCAACAGGUGAAACUGGUCUCCUGGUGGUAAAGAUAACAAAGGUGGCUCCGUUUGUGGGCUAUGCGGGGAAUCCAGAGCAGACGGAGAAGAAAAGGCUGCGGGAUGUUUUCCAGCCGGGAGAUGUUUACUUAAACAGUGGAGACCUGCUGAAGAUCGACCACGACAACUUCAUCUACUUCCAGGAUCGAGUCGGAGACACCUUCAGGUGGAAGGGGGAAAAUGUUGCCACCACUGAAGUUGCUGAUGUCCUUGAUAUGCUGGAUUUCAUUGAAGGUGCCAACAUUUAUGGUGUGAAAGUUCCAGGUCAUGAGGGUCGUGUUGGAAUGGCAGCGGUCACUCUGAAGGAAAACCUCGAGUUCGACUGCAGAGAGACCUUUAACCACGUCACCAGUUUCCUGCCUGUUUACGCCAGACCGAGAUUCAUACGCAUCCUGGAGUCUAUGGAGCUGACAGGAACGUUUAAGCAGGUGAAGGUGAAGUUAGUGAAGGAGGGGUUUGAUCCCGAAGUCGUUCCUCCGCCCCUCUACGUCCUGCAUGAGAGCAGCAGCAGCUACAUCCCCCUCACACAGUCCUACUACAGCUCCAUCGUAGCGGGGGAGAUACGCUUCUGAACGUACAGCGUCACCCUGAGGGACUGACUGGUUUAACAGGUUAAAACUGGAAAACAUGCUAGCUGCUAAUGCUAGCUGCCUCUCUGUAAGCUGUAUAGAUCCCUGCAAUCACUGCUCUGCUGAGCAGCAUGCCUCAUACCUGCUGCUCUGUGAGCUUCAUUGUUGCAGGACCAAAACGGUCAAGCUGGUCCACCAAUUUGGUCAAGCUGCUCAUGCUGGUCGCCCAGUUUGAUCAAGCUUAUCAUGUUGGUCCCCCAGCUUGGUCAAACUGGUCAUACUGGUCCAACAGCUUGGUCAAGCUGGUCAUACUGGUCCACUAGUUUGGUCAAGCUUGGUCAUACUGAUUCACCCGCUUGGUCACACUUGUCAUUCUGGUUCACCAGUUUGGUCAAGCUGGUCAUGAUGGUCACCCAACUUGGUCAAGCUGGUCAUAUUGGUCCACUAGCUUGGUCACAUUUGUCAUGCUGGUCACCCAACUUGGUCAAGCUGGUCAUGACUGUCCCACAACUUGGUCAAACUGGUCAUACUGAUCCACCAGCUUGGUCAAGCUGGUCAUGCUGGUCGCCCAACUUGGUCAAGCUGAUCAUACUGGUCCCCCAACUUGGUCAAGCCGAUCAUAUUGGUCCCCCAACUUGGUCACGCUGAUCAUAUUGGUCCCUUAACUUUGUCAAACUGGUCAUGUUGGUCCACUAGCUUUGUCAAGCUGGUCAUGUUGGUCCACCAGCUAAACCGCCAAAGUCAAAGAAAAACAUAUUACAUACUGGUCUUAACCAGCUUGAGCAGACCAGGCUGAUUUUUUAGCAAGAUUUUGUUUUUUUUUUUCAAAUGAUUAAUUACAUUACUGAUACUGAAAGUCAUGUGUUUAGCACUGAACCUCAUAUGGAACAUUUGUUUAGAGUGUAAUUCUCCUGUCCUGUGAUGAAACUGUGAUAACUGUCCACACUGUUUUUGCUCUACGUGACUGUAAGAGCGUAAAUGUGGUGCACUUCAAUGGUUGUGAUAAUCGGCUGUAAUUCCAAUAUUGGAAAAAUGAUCCUCCCAUUUAUCUGUGAAUACUGUUGACCGCUGAUGUAUCCUGUACCUGUAGUGUGUUCAGUGAUGACUGAAUGUGUUUCUGAACUGUGGAGACAAUGAGGUCCUGAAUCAGAAGCAUCACUGAGUUUACUGACUGGUGUUGUGCUGCCCUCUGUCUUUCAGACCAGGUACAGCAGGACCUGUUCAGUUGUCCUGAUCAGCUCUCAGAUGAGAAUAUAUGAACUUUCUGAAGAAGAAACUGGAGAUACAGCAACUUUAAUAAGCCAGUCCUGGUGCUCUUCCACAAGAGCACAGUUUUAUGUCUGACAGUGUGUGUGUGUUACAGCUUUAUGGGAUCAAUAAUCUGAUCACAGAACAGUUAAUCGAAUAAUUGUAAUUAUCGAUUGUAUUGUAAAAGCUUUGCAUGUUUGUGUGAUGAUGUUUGCAGAAUAAUAUCAGAAUAAAGAUAUAUUUAAUAUUA